CCGGAAGCAAGGAGGGCGGACUAUCUGGGUAGAAGGUGCUGAGCUGCAGAGUGAAGCAGCACCCAAAGGAUCAUACUUGAAGCGUCGUGGUCCAUUCUGUGCACGCCUUUGAACAAACUUUUGCAUAUUUUCAGUCAUGUGAUCCCCUCAUCGUCACCAUGGUGACCAUCAGACUGUGCCUUUGUGACGCCCACGCGUGUCCUGACUAUUUCACAGAUGUUUCCUCAUGCAACGUGAGCUCAAAUGCUAUUUUUGAUAAGUUGACUGGUGUGAGGAAUGAUUGUAAAUACUGUAAAUACACCACAGAUAUUAAAGACCACCACUUGAUGACAUCUUAUGCCUGCUUUGGACCCCGUAUGUCAUUUAGAGUUGGGCUUUUUCCAUCUUGAGGGCCACACAACGAAAAAUGAAAGGAUGCAACUUUGACACUUUGAGAUUUAGUGAAGCUACACAUGUUGAUAUGCUAACAAGUUAUUUUUAUUAUAUUAUUUGCAUUUUUUUGUUAUUUUAUCUCAGCUUUCUCAUAUAGGUGAAAAAGCCCAUUAUCAACUUCACUCUUUUUAUCACAUUUUUGCCGUUUUUUUUUUUUUAUAUAUUUCAACUUUCUUGAGGAACUCAGGCUGAAACUCAACCCCCGGAACUUUGCUACCGGCGAGUGUUUUGACUCUCCAAAUAGCUCAGCCGUGGUGAUGGAAGUGUCCGCGUUCGUGUCCUCAGACUCUGCUUCCUCUAAGGAAGGGACGUCAGUGGGAUUGAGUUCCUCCUGGCUCGGGAUGUUGAGGGACUGUCUUGGCUGGCACGUCUCUUCAACAUUGCGUGGAAUGCUUGGAUGCAAGCGGCUGAAAGGACUUUCCUCCGUAGGGUGGCUGGACUCACCCUAAAGGGGGUUAGUUACAUCCCAACGUACCUUCUCCUACGAAAACUGGCAUGCAAAUUAUUUUCUGCAUGCAUGCAGGAAAUCCUUGCACUCAGCCAGGUCGCAAGAGCAAAGCAGAGCAGGAGUGCGUGUGCAGCAAGUUUAAAAGUGCAUUGUGUACAUUGCAACCCCUCCAGCUGUUCUCCCGGUCAUGAUAGCUGCAGGUGCCGUAGGAAGCCAGCACGCCCACCUUGCAAUGGAAGUGAGUGGGCUUCAUGGGCCUCGUACGAUGCCCACACACGGUACAUCCCCGGUGAGUGAAACAUACCACAGCCUUACCUGAAGCACACCUAGCUCGCACAAGUCGCACAACGCAAUCACGAUCUAAAACCUACCAAUUUUCCCAAAAAUUGCAGCACCUGUGCGUGUGGCAACACGUACGUCGAGAUGCGACUCCCGCUUAAGAGAGAGAGUAAGCAGCUCGGUCAUCCGGGAGGGGCUCAGAGUAAAGCUCCUGCUCCUUCACAUGGAGAGGAGCCAGUUGUGGUGGUUCAGGCAUCUAGUCCGGAUGCCUCCCAGACGCCUCCCUGGGGAGGUGUUCCGGGCAUGCCCAGCUGGGAGAAGGUCCCAGGGCAGACCUAGGACACGCUGGAGGGAUGAUGUCUCAAAGCUGGCCUGGGAACGCCUUGGUGUCCUCCCGGUGGAGCUGGAGGUGGUGGGUGGGGACCGGGAAGUCUGGGCUUCCUUGCUGAGACUGCUGCCCCCGCGACCUGGACCCGGACAAGUGGAGGAAGAUGGAUGGAAGCAAAUUUCCUCCAUUUUAUUUUUAUUUUUUUCUUAAAAAUGAUAUUUCUUGACUGUGUGGACACCCCUGAUUUCGAGCCUCAUGUGAAAGCUGAAAAAAAACGUACAAUUUGUUGAAAUGUUGCUUUAAAAGGCCGCCUUUGUGCUCCACGUUUGUUCAAAACAAACUUUAUUUUCAUCUCAAACUCUCUUGCUGCUGUCCAGUUACCUUUUGCCCUGACUUUCCCCCAAAGAUUGCCUCAUUCUGGAAGGUUGAACAAGUGUGGGCGCUGGUGCGAGUCCGCUCUGACGUCUAAACGUCGUGGGGGUCUUCUUGGAUGGAGGGCUCGGGAAUGUCACGGAAGCGGAGGAAGCGGUGAAGGCAGGGGGGCACGGGGAGCUGCCGGACGCGGUCGGUCCUCCUGAUGAGGUCCGGUCCCAUCAGGGAUCGGACCUGCAGGCGGCACAGGUGAGCGAGACUGGGGGUGGAGUCUGGAUGGAGAGGAGCGUUAGUUAGAUAAGUAAAUGUGAUUUUGCUCAAAUACCAUCAGAGUUUGUGGUACCAAAGUGCGGGUCGGGUCGCCACGUGUCCUCAGCCCGUCUUCCCCACAGAAUGGCUUUCAAAGAGGCUGACAGAGUGGACCAGUUCACAAAGUGCAGGAGAUAAUUCACGACGUCACUGGUGGCCUUCUCUAGCCUGCAGGGCAGACAGAGCGUGAAGGGAGGAAAAAAAAGAGGAAGUGUGAAAAGGAGGAAGACGCACAUGCACGGCUGCAGCAGCAACGCAGGUUCAAGUCCCGCCUUCAGCAGACGGGGGAGCCAGUAGCGGGCAUCCUGGAUGUGACGGAGCGCCACCGCCAACAUGUCCCCCAGCUCCUGCCGUCCCAGCGGCAUCUCGCCCUGGCGCCGCGCCGCUGCCGAGUCGUCGCUCGGCUCCCACGGAGGCGGGAUGCGCCUGAGAGAGAGCACCGCGUCCAGCAGCGGCACGUUGGACAAACGCAGGACGUGAACCCACUCGUCCUCCCUCAGACGGGCGCCCGCCUCCAGCAGCAGGGUGGUCACCUUCGAGGGAGAAACCCUUGACCGAGGUCAAGGUCAAGCGUGAGGAACUGCGGACGUGUUUGUGUGUGUGUGUGUGUGUGCGUGUGACAGCGCGGCUCUCACGGGGCGUCGCUUUGCACGGCGGCGUGGAGCGGCGAGCGGCAGCCAAGGAGGCGGGUGCAGUCCUGGCCGUCGGGGCUGAAACCUUCGCUCAGAAGCAGCCUGGCACUCUCCUCCCGGUCACCUUGCGCCGCCAAGUAGAGCGGACUCACCAUGCCCUCGCCGCGGUCGCACGCGCGCGCCGUGACGGGUAUGAGUCUCCCGAGGAUCCUGAGGACAGGAAUGGCGGGUUACCGUGGUGACAAGCCACACCUCCACAAAGCAGAAGCUCGGUCUGUGGGUACUCGCGAUGGCCGAACUGGGCGGCGGCGUGAAUGGGGAGUUGGGGCCAUUCCUGACUGCAGGCCAUGUUGGGGUCGGCGCCGUGACCCAACAGGAUGUCCACGCAGGCCGUGUGACCCUCCUGAGACGCCAGCAGCAGCGGCGUGGCCAGGUCGGCGGCCUGCGCGUUCACGUCGGCACCUUCGAGGCCCAACAGAAGAGACGGCGUAAAGCGCAUGAGCGCCACCUACAGGACUGAACGCAUGCCGCCUUCCUACCGGCGUCCACCAGGACUUUCAGACAUUCCCGCCGUCCGUACUGCGCUGCCAGGAAGAGAGGAGUGACUCUGUUGUCGUCGCGUGCCUCCAGGUGGGCCACUCGUGCCAGGAUGCGCACGACUCCGGUGUGACCCUGCACAAGACAAGGUCAUCAUACACACGGCGCAUGAGUGCUGCCGGGCAGCUACCGUUCAUUUCCUUCACUAAAUUAUUCUCCUCAGGGGGGAGGGGCAAAUGAGGACGAUAGCCAAUCACAGCUGCAUGUAGGGGGAGGGGCUGCAUUGUAGGGAAAAAAAAAAGACAAAAAACAAAAAAAAAUGAAAUGCACUUUACUUUUAAAAAUGUAUUAAAAGUAUGGCUAAAAUGAAAAUACAUUUUAAUCUUUUUUUUAAGUAAAAAAAAAAAAAAAGCUAUGACUGAAACUAAAUUAAUUUACAUGACUAAAUAUGACAAACUAAAAUGCAUUUUACUAAAAAAAAAAAACAAAUAACUAAGACUAAAUUAAUUCAAAUGACUGAAGUAUGACUAAAAUGCAAAUACAUUUUAGGAAAAAAAAGCAAUAAACUACUAAAAUUAAAAUGCAUUUUUGUAAAAAAAAAAAAAAAAAAAAAACAUUUUGGGGAAAAAAAAUGUCAAACAAAAUUUAAAUGAUUGAAGUAUGACUUUUUUUUUAAAUACAUUUUUAGUAAAAAUAAAUAAAUGAAAUAAUGAGUACAACAAAAGCCAUUUGGGUGGCUAAAAACUAUAAUACAUUUUAUUUAAAAACUGGCAAACUAAAUUAAUUUGGAUGACUAGAGUAUGACUAAAACUAAAAUACAUUUUGGUAAAAAACUGGAAUAAAAUGAAAAAAAAAACGACAACUCUGAUUAAAACUAAAUUAAUUUAGAAGACAAAAGUAUGACAGAAACUACAAUUCAUCUCAGUAAAAAAACAUGAAAGUAUGACGAGAGAAAUAAAACUGACUAAAACAAAACAAAUUUAGAUGACAAAAAGUAUAACUAGAACUAAAAUACAUUUUAUUUAAACAAUAAAAAUAGAAAGAAAAUGAACACCUGUGGUGUCAAUGAACAUUUCGUGUCACUCAGUGAGUCACCUGAUAAACGGCCUGAUGAAGGGAGGUCCAACAGGAAGCCGUGUGCGUGCCGUUGACCUCGGCGCCUUUGGCCAGCAGCAGCCGCACCACAUCCUGGUGGUCGCCGCUGACCGCUGCGGGACGACAGCGGCGGUGAGCCGACGCUCCAAACACACAAUCUGAUAAGGCACACCGGCCGUUUUACCUGCGUAGAGAGGACAGGACAGGUCAUUGGUGCACUGGUUGACGUCGGCGCCCGCUCUCAGGAGAAUGCGAACCGCCGGCAGGAAGCCGCGCCGCGCCGCCAGGUGGCACGCCGACUCCCCCUCGUGGGUGGCAUAGUUGACGAAGGACUGGACGUCCAAAGAUGAUCCGCCUGCAGACAUGGAACUAUGAUGUUCGGCGUGUAUCAAACUUUUUGGGACAGGACACGUGUUCUGGUACCAGUCGCUGCGGCGGCAGACAGAAUCUCCUUCAGGCAGCCCACGCUGCCGGCUGCGGCCGCCUCGUGCAGCGCCGUCCAACCUCGGUUAUCCGGACAGUCCACGCUGCGACCCUCGCGGAUGAGCCUCCUCAGCCGCCUCCUGCAGCCCACGCGAGCGGCCGCGGCCACGCUGGACACCGUGUCCUCGUAGCACUCGGUGAAGUCCAUCGCAUCUUCCUCUCUAGAAGGCGAGAAUACAUCAUUGUUACUUAAAUAAAUAUACAAACCUUGGUAGUCACUGUCCAUCAUUGUGCACAAGCACAUUAGAGAAUGACAGUGAAUAAAACAACUCUCCUGAACAAACUGACCGAAAAGGAAGAAGGUUCAAGUGAGUUGGAGCUCCUCAGUCCACUUCCUUUAAAUCAUCUUUUAACUCACAAAUGACAGGAAACAAAUACAGACUUAACGAAUAAGUAUUUCUUUCCAAAUGCCUCUAUAUUGGUGCUAAAUACUUGUAUAGUCUGCCGCUGACAAAGAUGGUAAAGUGAAAACUCGAAGCUUGUGUCGGACUUCCUGAAUCCCUCGGCUUCAAAAUAAUGCUUCGGAGCUUGUAUUGGUCUACUCUGCACAUAUCACGUGACCGAUUAGGUUUCAAACUUCAUACGUCACAGCGCGCAUUGCCAGAUCGGUGGCUGUCAUUGAUUUGACAGGUUGUUUUGAGGAGUCGUGCCUAGCAACAUAGCGAGUGUGUCAACGCUGCACAGCCUGCCUCUUCUUCAAAUAUAAUAAAAUAAUACGUGCAAUGUUGAACCACUCACGUGAGCUUGGGAGUUCCACAAAUGGUAAUGAUUAUUUUUUGUUUAACACAGUGUCAAGAAAACAGCGUUUGGAUGACGCACUGUUGGACGUGAUCGUUAAAGAUGGUCAGCCCUUUUUCGACGAAGGACUUUUAAACUUUGUUAAAACCCUCGAUCCUAAUUACACUGUACCAACACGAAAAACUGCGAGGGUGGUGGUGGAGGCGGCGAAGUUCAGCGUGAGCAGGGAAAAGGUUAUGGAUGAAGUCAAGCAAGCUUCGGCUGGAAGCCUGACUGCUGACAUGUGGACAUUGCGUAUCUCGCAAUAACAGCCCAUUAAGUGACACCAAACAUGGAUGUGGCUGCUGUGCCUGUCGGUGUCCAACACGUUCCACAAAUUCACUCAGCAGUUAACAUUGCAGAAACUACCACCAGUGCAAUGUCUGAGUGGGGACGAGCUGAGAAAAUAAGCGGCAUGGUCACAGAUGGCGCUCAUAAUAUUGCUGCCAGUGUUUUAAAGAGGUUGCUUUGACUUCACUCUUCCACCAGAUGUCAGCGGCCCGCUGACACAAAAACACACAUAAAUGGCGGUACAGUGUACAUCAAUAAAUUCAAAAACGUACCAUGCAUCCGCUCCGUGCAGUUCUUACCGGAAGUGGAGCGCAUCAGACAGACCGCCCUCGUGUCGCUGUUUUCGGACGUCAUCAACCACACCGGAAGUGUAACGAGCCGUGUUUUCAACAGACGCUGUCUGUAAAAAGCCACGGAAACAACCCACAUUUUAGAGAACAUUGUAAAAAAAGAACAAUUUAAGAAGCUGUGUAUGACGCCCCCCCUUUUCAUUUUGUCUCACUCAACGAUUUCAUUAUCCGGAAGUGACGUCAAAUGUCCUUACGAAUAAAAGACUACAUUGAGAGGAAAAAAAUGAGACUUGUGACUGACUUGCAAAUUUCACCACGCUACAAAACAUAAAAAUGUAUUAAAAAUAGCAGGAUAAUAUAAUGGAUAAUCGUGGUUGAAUUCCAUCUCAGUACGUUCAUCCAAAGUUAUUGUAGCUGAUUUAUUUUGAUAUCACCCACCGGAAGUAUUCAUACAACGCUAACAAUGCUAAAUGCACUCACGCAGAAAACGAAAUGAAUCUGGAUGUACUGAAUAUGACUAAAGCGAAAGUACAUUUUAGUCUAAAAAAAGUGACUAACACUAUAUUAAUUAAGUGGCUAAAUAUGACGAAAAAACAAAUACAUUAAUUCAAAUGACUUAAGUAUGAGUAAAAUUAAAAUACAUUUUAGUAAAAAAAAAAAAGUCUGAAUUAAUUGAAAUGAUUAUUAUUAUUAUUAUUAUAUAUAUCUAUUAUUAAAACUAAAGUAAAUUUUGGUAAAAAAAAAAAAACUACAAAAAAUAAAUUAAAUAUGAGUAAAUAUGACAAACUAAAAUACAUUUUAUUUAAAAACUAUGACAAAAACAACAUUAAUUUAGAUGACUAAAGUAUGACUGAAAGUGUCAUUUUAGUAAAAAACAAACUAAAUUAAUUCCACUGAUUAGAGUAAUAAACCGGAUGUAUUUGUAUUCAACAACAACGCUAACAACACUCACGCAGCGUGUUUGUGUUCAGUUGCGUUUUUCGUUAAUUAAUAUUUAAAUUUGUUUGGUCAUCUGAAACAUUUAAGUGUGACAAACACGCAAAAAAAGAAAAAAAUCAGUAAGUGAGCAAACACUUUCACACCUCCGUAGUAGACGAAAUAAGAGAAAAUAAGACAUAGAAAACAUGUUUGCAACCUUCUAAAUACAGUUUUUAACUACCUUCUAAAUAUGUUUUUUAACAUUAGAGCCCUCUAGACAUGAAUUAACAACCCUAUAGUCACCUUUACACUCCUAUUACCCAAUAUAGUAGACAUAAUAAGAGAAAAUAAGUCAUAAAUAAGACAAAAUAUAGACUAUUUAAUGUACAAUACUUCCUACAGUGGCCAUUGUGUCACGCCGCACGCAACACACGCACACACUCAUAGCACUUUAUUUAUUUAUUUAUUUAUUUAUUUAUUUGUAUUAUUUACUUGUAUUAAUGUCUCUUCUGUUGUUGUUGCUUAAUUUAUUGGUAUAUAUGUUUAUGUGUUUAUGUUUCUUAUGUUCUUAUUCUUUCAUUUGUUUUCUUUCUUUUCUUGGGAGAAUGAACAGAAUAAGAUUUUCAUUGCAUGGUAUAACUGCUGUUUUACUAUGCACAUGACAAUAAAACUCUCUUGAUCUCUUGAUCUUGAUCUCUUGAUUACUGACACCAAGAGACCAGUGUAGAAUACUACAUAUCAUCACAACGUCUUUGAGUGUGCCUUCUGAAUGCUUUAUUUUACUCCAUUUAGCCAUUUUUAUGCUUGAAAAUGCUUCAUUUAGGCAAACAAUACAUCAGAUUUGCCCACACAGGCACAAUAUCGACUAAUAAUAUUGACCAAUUCAAACUUCAAAGCGGAGAGGGAUUACUGUGUUUACUUAAUCAGUGACAUGACACUCGGACAGCCGCAUUUUAACACCCAAACUUCAUUUUUGUCAUGGGAAAAAGACUGACAAUCAUCCGCGUGUAUUUAGUUAGUCAGUGGCUGACGCAAAAAAUAGCAGUUCUCUAUCCACAGAACGCAAUGAAUUAUUGCGGCCACUAGGCGUCGCCAAAGAGCCAACCACCACCCCACAUGACAUGUACUCUGUGUACUGUAUAUUUUCAUACAUUACUUCAGGAAAUACAGUAAAUUAAUUGGAAAUCUUUCAGUCACUUGUGAUGAGAUUUGACAUGAUUUUAUGACCUUAUGUUCAUUCUUCUUGUGUUCAAACUUUUUUCCUUUUUUCCUUGUUCUUUUUAGGAAAGAAUGAGGGCAGUGGAACGGCCAGACCAGCAUUUUUUACACUUUAUUAAACUCUCUAUAGUGUUUGCCUGUUUUUAUGCUGCUUUUUUUUUUACACCUUAUUUUUUUAUACAGAUUUUUUUAAUUGCCCCGUAGUUUAAAGAUGCUUUUUUGCGCCUCAUUUUUAUUUUUUUAUCUACUUUAUCAUUUUUAUUAUUGAUCUCUUUUGUUGUUUAUAUUUUUUUUAUUUACUUUUGGGAGUAAACAGAGUAAAAGUCCUGCCAAGUUCGCCUGUUUUGUUCAUUGAUUACUGAAAAUAUGCUCACUCACGUGUGAGUAAGCCAUUUAUUGUAAAUAUAUAAAGUACAUAUGAUAUUCAUGUUUAAGGGCCACGAUGGAGCUCCUUCCACGUUAAUAUACCGUACAUGUAAUGGCCACUAUUGUCCACCAGGUGGUGUAGUUUCACCAGUGUGUGCUUGGCUUGCUGAUCCAGUAGUUUAGCUCUGCUCGUCUGACGACCGCUUAAAGUUGACUUUUUCCUUAUAUGGUCAUGGUCGUGACGUGUGGUCCACUUGGCGUUAGAACCUCGUCAUGGCUAAAGUAUGAAGGCUGCGGAGCAGAGUGAAGGAGAAAGGAAAGGAGCUAAAAGCUAACAACGCCUUUCAAGUUGCCAACGGGCGGGGGGCGUGGCUUGAGGUGAGCAAGCCGCGCUCCUAUUGGCUGAGAGGCUCUUCCCGGGCCAGCGUGAGGAGGGACAGGACAAGGAUGCGAUUGUCUUCCAGGAGUGGACAUGAGCACAUCUGUGGACACCUAAGGGGAGGAAGAGGACGCUUUAUCGUAGUUUGUUUGCCCGGAAAUGAGCGACGGGGGAGUUGUCGUCGAGCACUGAGGAGGAGCAGCGACACGAGAGCUCACCUGGUUGGACGCGGAACUCUGUGGAAGCAUGGCCGAGCACGAGAGUCUGCAGUUUGGGAAGGCAGACUUUGUGCUGCUGGACAAUGUGUCCAUGGAAGAGUUCAUGGCCAACCUCAAGCUCAGGUUUGAGAAGGGGAGGAUCUACAGCUACAUCGGCGAGGUGGUGGUGUCGGUCAACCCGUACCGCGCCAUGAACAUCUACGGCCGCGACGUCAUCGAGCAGUACAAAGGCCGCGAGCUGUACGAGAGGCCGCCGCACCUCUUCGCCGUCGCUGACGCCGCCUACAAAGCCAUGAAGAGGAGGAACAAAGACACCUGUAUUGUCAUCUCAGGGGAAAGCGGCGCAGGGAAGACGGAAGCCAGCAAGUACAUCAUGCAGUACAUCGCCGCCAUCACCAACCCCAAUCAGCGAGCUGAGGUCGAGCGGGUGAAGAACAUGCUGCUCAAGUCUAACUGUGUCCUGGAGGCCUUCGGGAACGCCAAGACCAACCGCAACGACAACUCCAGCCGCUUCGGCAAGUACAUGGACAUCAACUUUGACUUCAAGGGCGACCCCAUUGGAGGACACAUCAACAACUACCUGCUGGAGAAGUCAAGAGUCAUCUUCCAGCAGGAAGGAGAGCGAAGCUUUCACUCAUUCUAUCAGCUGCUGAAGGGAGCUCCUGAUGCUUUGCUGCGUUCUCUGCACAUCCAAAAGGACCCAAGGAGCUACAACUACAUCAAAGUGGGAGGCCAGAUAAAGUCGAGCAUCAACGACGGCGCCGACUUCAAAGACGUGGCCGACGCCAUGAAAGUGAUCGGCUUCACGGGGGACGAGGUUCAGACGGUGUACAAGAUCCUGGCCAGCAUCCUGCACCUGGGGAACUUGACGUUCGAUGUGGAUGGCGACGUGACCUUGAUCGAGAACACCAAGCUGGUGUCGGUGAUCGGGGACCUGCUGUGCACCAAGAAGGACAACGUGGAGAAGGCCCUGCUCUUCCGCACGGUGUCCACGGGCCGCGACGUCAUCGAGAAGCAGCACACGGCGCAAGAGGCCGGCUACGGACGAGACGCGCUCGCUAAGGCCAUGUACGAGCGCCUCUUCUGCUGGAUCGUGGGGCGCAUCAACGACAUCAUCGAGGUGAAAAACUACGACGCCAGGGUCCACGGGAAGAACACGGUCAUCGGGGUCCUGGACAUCUACGGGUUUGAGAUCUUCCAGAACAACAGCUUUGAGCAGUUCUGCAUCAACUACUGCAACGAGAAGCUGCAGCAGCUCUUCAUCCAGCUGGUGCUGAAGCAGGAGCAGGAGGAGUAUCAGCGAGAAGGCAUUCCAUGGAAACACAUCGACUACUUCAACAACCAGAUCAUCGUGGAUCUGGUGGAGCAGCAGCACAAAGGCAUCUUCUCCGUGCUGGACGAAGCCUGCAUGAACGUGGGCAAAGUCACGGACCAGCUGUUCCUGCAGGGACUCAACGGCCAGCUGGCCAAGCACGCCCACUACACCAGCCGCAAGCUCUCUCCCACCGACAAGAGUUUGGAGUUUGACAGAGACUUUCGCAUUCGACACUACGCUGGAGAUGUGGUCUACUCGGUGGUGGGCUUCAUCGACAAGAACAAAGACACUCUGUUCCAGGACUUCAAGAGGCUGCUGUACAACAGUUCCAACGCGGUCCUGAAGGCCAUGUGGCCCGAGGGCAAGCUGAGCAUCACGGAGGUCACCAAGCGCCCGCUCACCGCCGCCACGCUCUUCAAAAACUCCAUGGUCUCGCUGGUGGAGAACCUGGCCUGCAAGGAGCCCUACUACGUUCGCUGCAUCAAGCCCAACGACGUCAAGUCGCCGCUGCUCUUUGAGCGCGAGCGCUGUCGCCACCAGGUGGAGUACCUGGGCCUGCUGGAGAACGUGCGGGUGCGCCGCGCCGGCUUCGCCUACAGACAGACUUACCCUCGCUUCCUGCAGAGGUACAAGAUGAUCUCAGAGUUCACCUGGCCAAACCACGACCUGCCCUCGGACAAGGACGCCGUCAAGAAGCUCCUGCAGGGCUGCGGCUUCGACCACGACGUGGCCUACGGCAAGACCAAAGUCUUCGUACGCACGCCACGCACGCUCUUCAGCCUGGAGGAGCAGCGCGCCGAAAUGGUGCAGAGGAUCGUCCUCUUCCUCCAGAAGGUGUGGAGGGGCGCCAUCGCCAGGAUGCGGUACCGGCGCAUGCGGGCGGCUGUGGUCAUCCUGCGGGCCUACAGGCACUACAAGGUCAAGUCGUACGUCCGCGAGGUCAACCGGCGCUUCCGGAACGUGCGCUCCAUGAAGGACCACGGCAAGCACGUCAAGUGGCCCGUGCCCCCCAAGGUCCUGCGCAGGUUUGAGGAGGCGCUCAGGAGCAUCUACAGCAGGUGGUGGGCGUGGACGCUGAUCAAAGGCCUGACCGCAGAGGAGGCCCUGCAGGUGAGGGCCAAGGUGGCCUGUCUGGAGGUCCUCAAGGGCCAGAGGGCCGACCUGGGCCUGCAGCGAGCCUGGGAAGGGAACUACCUGAAGCGAGACAGUCCCGACGGCGCCGCGUCGUUCACGCUGGUGUCCAGCGAGCUGCAGCGCAAAGACAAGUUCAUGAGAGUCCUCUUCGCGUGCAACGUGCGCAAGAUUAACCGCUUCCACAAGGCGGAGGACAGGGCCGUGCUCAUCACAGACCGCCACCUGUACAAGAUGGACCCCCUGAAGCAGUACAGACCCAUGAAGAGCAUCCCCCUCUACAACGUGACGGGCGUGAGCGUGUCCCCGGGGAAGGACCAGCUGGUGGUGUUCCACACCAAGGACGGCAGAGACCUGGUGGUGUGCCUGCAGGGCCUGGUGCCCGCCAACGAGAGCCGCAUCGGCGAGCUGGUCGGCGCCCUGCUCAGCCACUUCAAGAGCGAGCGCAGACGGCUGCAGGUGAACAUCGUCAGCCCCAUCCAGUGCAGCCUGAACGGCAGGAAGUGCAUGGUGGUGGUUGAGCCCAAGAUCAACCAAUCGCAGCCCGACUUCACCAAGAACCGCUCGGGCUACGUGCUGGCGGUGCCCCACAACUGAAGCUGUGGGGGCACACCCCCCAGCCGGCCGGGAAGGUGAUUGACUGUUUUAGUUUAGCUCGUGCGCGCACGGCUGCAGCCGUCUGCCUGCUGUGGGUGGGGUUACUUAAUCGUCCAAUCACAGCACAUGCCAAGUUAGACCCCGCCUCUUAUUAGCACUACUGGAAGUCACAUUCUUUCAUGUUUUUCUUGGUUCAUCCUAAAUCCAAACACCUUGCUUUGUGCAAUAUUCAUGGCCCAAAACUCCCCUUUGCAUUUUUUUAUGAUGAUGGAUGAUUUCUUUAAGAUGGAAGAUUAAUUUCAUUCCAAAAUGGAAGAUGAAUUCCAAGAUGGAAAAUUAAUUACAAAUGGACUAUUAGUUCCAAAAUAGAUUAAUUAUUAGAGCUUCUAAUAAUUAAUACCCAAAUAGAAUAUUGAUUCCAAGAUGGUAGAUUAAUGCUGAAAUGGGAUUAAUUUCAAGAUUCAUUUGAGAUCUUCCAAAAUGAAAUAUUCUAAAAUAUUUAAAAUGGAAGAAUAAUCACAAAAUGGAAGAUUGAUUCCAAGGUGGGAAGAUUCAUUCUAAAAUCUUCUAAAAUGGCAGUUUAACCCAAAAUGCAAGGUUAAUUCCAAGAUUGAAUUAAUUUAUUAAUUAAUUCAUGGAAGAUUAAUCCCAACAUGGUAGAAUGAUCCCAAUAUGGAAGAUUGAUUCGAAGGUGGAAGAUUUGUUUUAAAAUGGAAGACUGAUCCCAAAAUGCAAGAUUAUAAAAGUGAUUAAUUGUAAAAUGGAAGAUUAAUCCCAAAAUGGAAGAUUGAUUCUAAGGUGGAAGAUGCAUUCGAAAUAAGAUUAAUUAUAAAAUGGAAGAUUAAUCCCAAAAUGGUUGAUUAAUCCCAAAAUGAAAGAUUGAUGCGAGGAUGGAAGAUGAAUUCUCAAAUGGAGGAUUAAUCCCAAACUGUAAGAUUAAUUCCAAGAUGUAAGAUUAAUUUCAUGCUUUCUGAUGAAGUUAUUAGAAGAUGUGUGGUGGUGAGUGAAGUUUUGUGUGUUGGGACGUGUUGAUCACGUCUACAACAAACCUUUAAGUUAAUUUAAGUGGAGAAACAAGCGCGCACACACACACACACACACACACACACACUGAACAUGCACAUGCACGCCCACCGUAGUGUGCAACUUAAUAUGACAUCGUUACGUCUCUGAGAGAUGCUGACAUGCUAACACAGUGCAGUUAAGCCAAAUGACACGCACACACACACACACACACACAAACGUGCACGUCAUGCUGUGUCCCGGGUCCACAAAGUUGAAUUUGUCAAAAGUUUCCACAGCGAGCCAAAGGUCAGCGUUGUUAAAUGUUUGAGAGCGCUGGAGUCGGUGGUCUGGUUCUGUCGCGAUUGUCCACUCCGCGUCUCUGUGCAUCCUCCUGAGGCCAAAUCAAGAGGGAAGGAGAGGAGGAGGAGGGAUGCCAAACUUCCUCCAUCCUCCUUUGCUUCCUUGUUUUUGCAAAGGAAACACGUUCAUCUCGGGUGUCCAAGGUGCAGCCAGGAGCCCCACAGCUUGUUUUUUAUUGGCUCUAAAUGGAUUAUGAAGGAAACAUAUGAUUAGAUCAUAUGACACCAAAGACGAUCGUUUCUUGCCAGUCGUUGUGUUUUUUGUGGGAUCAUUUCUGCCAAGGACAUACUUAGUUUUGUCACGCGUGCCAUUUGUGUGUCCUCCAAAGUCCCAUCACACCCGCUAAUUUAUUGUCUCUCAAUCACUUUGUGCCUCUUUUUAUAUCCUUGUCGUUUUCUCAUCAGGCCUUGAUUCAUGUCGCCCAUCACUUUAUCAAUAAUAAAUGUCUUUGCUCUGUU